CGCGAUCAUUCUACAGGUGGCGGACGGCUGCGCUGCAGGCGCACCGACAAACCUUCCACCUUAGCUCCUGACGGCGGGAGAAAGGGGCAGCUGCCUCUUUAAGACGCUUGGCGCUUCUCACAGCGCCCGAGCCCGACGCCGGACGAAAGUAUCGCGAGAAUUAAAGUCCCUCCGGCAACCUCUCGCGAUGUUUGGGCCCUCCAAGGGUGGCCAUUUUGGAGUCCGGCCCCCGGCUGGGAGCCCGGCCUGCGUUUCCCAUCCUGUUGCAGGCGCCAAAGCUGGCCUCACCGGCGUCUGGGCUGCGGGCAGCCGGACCGACACUAUGUGGCGGCUCCGCUGCAAGGCCAAGGAUAGCACCCAUGUUUUGCAGGGGCUGUCCAGCCGAACCCGGCUGCGGGAACUCCAGGGCCAAAUUGCAGCUAUCACCGGGAUCGCUCCCGGCGGCCAGCGUAUCCUCGUCGGAUUCCCGCCCGAGUGCCUGGAUCUUAGCAACGAGGAGACCAUCCUGGGGGACCUACCCAUCCAAUCAGGCGACAUGCUGAUCGUAGAAGAAGACCAAACCAGACCCCAAACUUCACCUGCAUUUACAAAUCAUGGUGCUCCUAGUUCUGUCAGGGAACCUUUGCCUGUGCUUACCAGAACCACGGUCCCAGCAGACAACUCUUGCCUCUUUACCAGUGUGUACUAUGUCGUUGAAGGUGGAGUAUUGAAUCCAGCUUGUGCCCCGGAGAUGAGACGCCUCAUAGCACAGAUUGUAGCAAGUGAUCCAGACUUCUAUAGUGAGGCAAUACUGGGAAAAACAAAUCAAGAGUACUGUGACUGGAUCAAAAGGGAUGAUACUUGGGGGGGAGCAAUUGAGAUAUCAAUUUUGUCUAAGUUUUAUCAGUGUGAGAUAUGUGUGGUAGAUACACAGACAGUAAGAAUUGAUCGUUUUGGGGAAGAUGCGGGAUAUUCCAAAAGGGUUUUGCUUAUCUAUGAUGGCAUCCACUAUGAUCCACUUCAGCGUAACUUUCCUGAUCCCGAUACCCCUCCGCUGACCAUUUUCUCGUCUAACGAUGAUAUCGUUCUUGUACAAGCACUGGAAUUAGCGGAUGAAGCAAGAAGAAAGAGACAGUUUACUGAUGUAAACCGCUUCACCCUGAGAUGCAUGGUGUGUCAGAAGGGAUUGACUGGACAAGAAGAAGCGAGGGAGCACGCCAAGGAGACGGGCCACACUAGCUUUGGAGAAGUGUGAUCUAUGCAUGCUGAGGGUUGAAGCCUACUACCUCACAGAUCCAGAAGGCUCUGGGUUUCCCAAUAAGCUAUUCGUAACCCUAAAAAACAAAAGGACACAAUGCUUGAACCAUUCUUUUGACUUAAACCACUAAGAUACCGAAAUUCCUUGUUAAGAUUAAAAUUAGUGUGCAAGUUUACAGAUGUGUAUCUCCAGUGGCGAUACAUGCCAUCUUUCUGCUGGGGGGGUGACAAUACGAGGUCCUUGUCACCUGACACUAACUUGAAGAUUGGAUUUUAGUGUUAUAAACUAGUACCCGGCAGCUUUGACUUGUAGAAGAAAACAUUUUGGGUAAUGUGGAAGGCUGCCUGUGAAGCCACUGGACACGUACCGCAGUGUCUCCAGUAAUUGAUUCCUUUUAAUAGCGUUGAAUGAGUCAGUAGCUUCUAAAUGAACCGAUUCAUCAAAUGAUACCUGGAACUGUCACACUGAUUUUAUAUUGCAAUUUGGUAGACUUUAUAAGUGUGUACUUAACCACAUUUAAGUGCACAGCAAGCAGUUUUUACAGGAAUGUGUUCCUCAGAAUUUUAUCUGAAACAGGAUUCCAGAGGUACUGUUUAAGACGAUAGUACACAAGCAGAAUGUACAAGGAAAAGGUGCCUGAAGCAGCUUACUGAAGCUUUAAAAGACUGCUGGGCCUCACGUUUAAUGCAGUUCAUGUGUUGGUCUUUGUCACGUUGGAUACACUUUUUAAAUUAAUCAGGGUAUGCUUUUUUUAAUUGACAUUGCUUGACAUUUGAGAGCUCAGUUUUUGCUUUUUUGCAUACAGAUUUUUCUGGGGGGAUUUAAUUUCCCCAGCUUUGUGUUAAGAGUACUUCCUUCAGAAACAGUCUUUGUGUUAAAGUGAUUUUGCUUUGGUUUUUAUAAGCACUUUUGCAUCCUUAAACAGUGUUCGUUUUUCUGCUGGCUGUAUUGCGCUCCUGAUGCUGUUUUGAACAUUCCACAUUUCUGCAAGUGAGCACUUUGCUUCCCUGCGAUCUCUGGCUUUUGAGCAGUUUUAAAGUCAUUGAUGUCAUUUGUUUCACUUCCAAAAUACGAAAGCUUUUAAAUCCUUGCCUUACUCAGCUUUCUCAGAAUUCCACUUCCUACUUCAGAGUGUAGCCACUGCUUAGUGGACUGAUCCUCAAGGCACCCUCUAAAGCUUAGCUUCAUGACGAGAUCUUCCAGAUAAAGUGUUCUACCUCUUACUUCCUCUGAAGAUCAGGGACGCUAAAUUGUCAUUUGUUACGUAUUAUCGCAACACAAUGUGAAGAGUCUUAAGUUUGUGAAGUUUUGUUAUCUUGAUCUCAUUUCUGAUUAAGUGUCUUGCUUAGAAAACCACUGGUUUACUUUAAAGCACUCUGGCUUCAUGGAUCGGCUUGGCAAAUGUAAGAUUGAGAUUGUUGUGUUGGUGGAGGCUGUCAUGUAAAACUAAGGAAUAUUACAGUGAACAAUGCAGGAGAAAGUACGCCUCAGAUCAUCGAAUGACAAGCCGGGUGUGGUGGCGCACGCCUGUAAUCCCAGGCAGGAGGAUCGCUGCGAGUUCAAGACC